AUGUCAAAAAUUCAAAAUGAAAUUAAGAAGUCAGAAGAAAGUACAGUAAAUGAACAAUUAACUUACCAAGUGAAUCCUUUAAUGCAAAAUAAAAAAAUUUUAUUAACAGAUAGUAGUACAGAAGGUGAUUCUUUUUAUUUAUUUAAACCUACUGAUAAAAUUCCAACAAUAUUAAAUAAAAAUGAAAAGAAAAAAGAACCAAUAGAAGAUGAUAAUGAAGAAGAGGAAGAGGAUUGUGAUUUUCCAGUAUUGAUACAAGAUUAUAGUGAGCUACUAAAGUUGGAAAAAAUUUUUAAAAAAUCAAAAUAUUUUCAACUUAUAAAAAGUUCUAUAAAAGAUAACUUGCCUUUUGAAGAAAUGGAAAUACCAGAUCUUAUUAAUGAUGAAGAAGCAAAAUUAUAUUAUAGAAAUGUUAGUACAGCAAAAACAGAAAUAAUUAAAAAUACUUCAAAGAUAAAUUUAAAUAAAGUUGAAAAUCAUGAUUUUUCUGAUAGUCUUGAUGUACUUGAUACAUCUAAUGAACAAACAAUUAAUUCAUGGUAUGGGCGAUUAUUUAGUCUUUUAGCAGUAACAAUAACACCUACAUAUCAUUUUAAUAUAAUAACUCUUACUAUUAUUUAUGGAAGAGAAUUUUUAUCGGCUUGUGUAUUUGUAACUUUAUAUUUUUGUAUGCCAUUUAUGUACUUAGAAAUAUUAAUUGGUCAAUUUACGGCUGUAAAUGUUUCUUCAUUCUUUUCUAAAAUGGCACCAGCCUGGAAUAUGGUUCGUAUUAUAUUUGUAAUAAAUUUUUAUAUAUCUGGUGUCUAUUCUUUAAUUUAUGGUAUCUAUUCAUCCACUGAAGUUUUAAAUAUAGUUUCUGAAAUGUCUAUAUCAAGAACAGCUACUAAUCUUUGUCAUGAAAAUAAUAAUAAUACUUGUAUCAAACCAGAUUUAGCUUAUUAUUGUUUGUAUGCUCCAAAAAAUAAAGAAUAUUUUGAAGUAUGCCAAAUGUAUAAUGAACUUUUUGAAAAAGCAUACUAUAGGCAAGAUAUGGAUAAUAUUUAUAAUGAUAGAUUUAUUGAAAAAUUGAACUACACAUUUAGUAUUAUUCCACAUCAAAAUUAUUCAUUGUUUUUUUAUCCAUGUGUUCUUGUUGUAUGGUUUUUUAUAGCAAUGUUUAAAAAAUAUGGUUAUUCAAGAAUAGGUGGUAUAAUGGCAUUUUUUUAUAUAUCAUAUGUUUUGUCAUUAUUAGGAUUACUUUUUAAAUUAUUGUUAAGUGAUUCUUUAUUAAAUUAUUUAACAUUUCUUGUAUCAUCUAAACCAAAUAUGUUUAUUGAUGUUGCCAUUGAAAUAUGGAUUGUAGCAUUUUAUCAAAUGGUAAAAAUAUUUAAAUCAGGGCAAGGUGUUGUUAUGAAAAUAUCUUCAUACUUUCCAACAAAUACCAAUAGUACAAAUAUAGCUUUUAUAGUGUGUGGAAUAAAUUUUAGUCUUUUGCUUUUACACAUAAUUGUUUGGUUUAAAUUUUUUGAAAAUGCAGUUAAUCAGGGGUCAAAAGAUUAUAUUAGUAGCUUAUUAACAAUGUCUAAAAGUGAUAUAAGAACAUAUUUAUCUUCAAGUUUAGCUUUAUAUGUUGAUAAUAAUAUAGGAUAUACUAGAUCAUUUGCUUUAUUAUAUCAUCUCAUGAGUGUUGGAAUAUCAACAUACCAAGCAUUUGUUUACAUUGAUUUAUUGGAUUGUGAACUUCAUAAUAUAGGUGUAAAACAUAAUAGAUAUGCAACAGCAAGAUAUAAAACAACAACAACAAUAACUUUUCUAUUUUUAUUACUUCCAAUCUUUUCUCUUAUAUAUCCAGAAAUUGGAAAAAUUUUUUUCAUUAUUGAAGAAACAUUAAAUUUUGAAAUAUUUUUAUGUUUAUGGCAAUUAUCAUUAAUAAUAGUUGGAGUAGGAUAUAAUAAAAUUCAUUUAGUUGGUUCAGCAAAAUUUUUAACACAUUUAUAUAAAUUUUUUCUUGGAAAAUAUUUUACUUUUUGUUUAAUACCAGGAUUAGUUUUACUUUUAUCUGUAACAUUAGAAAGAGAAAUUUUAGUUGAAUGGCAAAUGUUUAUCAGAGAAACAACAGAUCCAUUUUAUAAUAAUCUGGUUAAUUUAUUUUUUGUAUGGCUCCUAAGAUUUUGUAUGAUUAUAUGGCCAUUUUUUCAAAUGUUACGUAAUACAUUUAAUGGUAAAAAGUCAACAUUUGCUUUUAUAUGUCAAUUGCCAAUGAGAAAACGAUAA